UUGCAGUUACUGGGAACGUUAUAGAGGACCUUGAGCACAUUUGUUGGAAAAAUGUAUACAAUAUAAUUACAGCAUAUGUAUCACUCAUAGAGAAAAUAGCUGUAAAUAUGGCAAGACGUCUAAUCUAUCCUAUUUACCAGCUGGGUAAUCCUCAGCUGAGAAUAUUCCGUCCCACUUUCAACAUGACACUCGUCAGACCAGGAAAGGAACAGCCACCCGACACGGUGCAGUUUCGAAUAUCAAUGGAAAUGACCAAAUGUGAUGUCAGGAACUACCUUGAGAAGAUCUACAGUGUUCCUGUUGGAGCAGUGCGCACAAGGAUUCAAUACUGUUCAAACAAGAAAAGGAACCACUUAAACCAGCGUGUGAAGAGGCCAGAUUACAAAGUGGCAUAUGUUCAACUGAGCAAGCAGCAGACUUUCCAGUUUCCAGAUAUCUUCCCUGAGAAGGGAAAAAAACAUGAGGAGGGCUCUGUGGAGGAGAUUCAGGAGAAAUUCAUGGAGGAUGAGCGACAGAGGCAGAAACCAGACCCUAGGAGAGGGGGAGUCACUGAGUGGUUUGGCCUCUGAAGACAACCUCCCCAACCCAGGACAGGAAAAGUAGAGAACUGUGUGUGACAUGUUGCCAGUUUAUUUGCAGAGAUAUGAUAUGAACCUGGCCCAUUUUAAAAGAGGUUCCAGGACACAGUAUGUUCCAUGCUGGCUUACAAAAUGCCUGGACUCAUAUUGUGUCCCAAAAGCUUAAUACAGAUCUUGCAUCUACAUUAGAAAAUUCCCUGUGAGUCCCAACAUCGCUGACUUUUUCUUUUUGUGAAUUUUCUCUCUUAUAGCUUUAUGCAUUACAUAUAAGAGGUGUGGUUAGGUGUGGUUAUUUAUUCAGCCUUCAUUCAUCAUGUCUUGGAUUCCAGCAACCAAUGUCAAAAGUUUAAAAGUCAAAUUAUCCAUGUUUUCUAUUAAAUUUAUCAAUAAACAUCUUUAAAUACUA